AUGGAAUUCGCGCCCCAGCCACAAGUCCAGACCCAGGGAACCUCUGUCAAUGAGACAAUCAGUGAACGCGCGUUGAGAGAGAUUUAUCUCCGCCCAUUUGAGAUCGCCAUCAAAGAGGCCAACCCUUGGGCGGUCAUGGCGGCCUAUAACUCAGUCAAUGGAUGGGAGGGCCUUCUUAUGAGUGACUGGGGUGGGACUAACUCGGUGGACGACGCUCUUAUGGCCCGUCUUGACCGGGAAAUGCCAGGGCCACCCAGACUCGAAGACCUUUGGAAAGAUGUCGAACCAAUCGAAGAGAAAGUCCACCCAAAGUGUCAAAAGUUGAUACGUGAAGCUGGUGCGCGAAGUAUCGUGCUUUUAAAGAACGAUCAAGACAUUCUACCUUUAUCUCAUGAGAAAACUAAAGGGAAGAAAAUUGCGCUGAUUGGAUACGCGAAAAAUGCCCUUGCUCAUGGAGGUGGAAGUGCCAGUGUCAAUGCGCACUACAAGGUCACCCCUGAGGAUGGCCAAACAACUGCUUUCGGGGAUGAAGUUGAAUUCUCCUAUGCAAAGGGUGCCCAUUUUGAACAAGAGCUGGUUUUGACAAGACAUAGACGUUCAUUUUCUAUUUGUUCAUCACUUGGCUCUAACGAGUCUCAUGGUAAGGUUGUUGAGAUCAUUGGCGACUUCACACCGCUUGAGACGGGGCCUCACUACAUCGCGAGCUCAGGAUUUGGACCCACUCGGGUUUUUAUCAACGACGAAAAGCCCGAAUCGCGGUAUCAUUUUGUGGUUGGCCGGACGCACCGUAUCCGCCUGCGCACCGAGCCACCAAGAAACAUUGGCUUACAGAUCUUGAAAGGACGCAGUGGGGGUCGACUUGGAUUCUCGCCUGAAUCCAUUCAUGAUGCGGAUUUGAAAACUGAGGCUGCACAGGUGGCAGCGAAAGCAGACUUCGCAAUCGUCUUCACAGAUCACCACACCCACUGGGAGACUGAGGGGCAGGACCAGGCUUCUUUUCAUCUACCUCAUGAUCAAGAUGAUCUAAUCUCUGCUGUUGCUGAUGUGAAUAGCAAUGUUAUCGUCGUCAAUUCAACAGGCGUCGCGGUAGCUAUGCCAUGGCUCCAUCAGGUGAAAGCUGUAAUACAGUCCUGGUUUCUUGGUCAGGAAUGCGGAAACGCAAUCGCUGAUGUUUUGACCGGUGCCGUGAACCCCGAGGGUCAUCUUCCUGUUAGCUUCCCUCGCUUUAUUGAAGAUGCUCCGGCCCACGACAAUUUCCCAGGAACCUAUGUUGAUGACCAGCUUCGAGUCAACUAUGCGGAGGGAAUUUUUGUCGGCUACCGUCAUUACGACAGACUAUUCACCGACGUUCUGAAUUCUUCAUUCGGCCAUGGACUGUCCUAUACAAAAUUCGGCUUCCGGGAUUUGAAGGUGGGGCAAAUCAACAAGGAAAAGCUGACUGUAUCGAUCCAGGUAAUAAACCUCGGGCUUACGUCUGUACGGGCUUUGGUUCAGCUCUAUUUGGGCCGAAAAGACCAUGCGAAUGAGCAUCCUAUCCCAACCUUGGCUGGUUUCCAACAGGUCUGGGUCGAAGUGGGGGUGCAAGUGACUGCAGAGCUCUGUAUCGAUUUAAGGGAUAUAUCACUUUAUGACGAGAAGCGGAACGCUGGAAAAUUGACGGAGUGGAUAUCAAUUGCAACUGGAAUCGUCCUCGGCGGAUAUUUUGGAAACAACAGAUGUCUCAUUGCUAGAGAGCUUUUGGGACUUGUGAAAUGCCACCGGGCUCUAAGGCUACCAUGA